UUAUUGAGUCAGUUUGCGUCAACAAUGCGACGCGCCAUGUAUUAUUUGUCCUUCUGUAACUCUAGCCAAAUAGAAGCGUUAAAUAGACGAGGACGUGCGACAGACAUAGCAUGAGUUUACACGACGCACACUACACGAAAGAUGCUUAUAAUGUAUUUGAAUUUUUAUGUAUAACAACUUAUAAACGUUCUUGUUUGUCUUAUUGGCUUGGAGCGUCCGACAACAUCCCUCCCACUAGGAUCCGCCUCCUCCCCAAAAUAAGAAACUAAGCAAGGCAAAGAUGUAAGCGAUACGCGUUUUCAAAUUUCGAAAAUUUUCCACGUUUUGCCAUCGUUUGAGGAUUGGACCUCGUGCGUUUGAAGUCAAGGGCUAAGAUCCCGAAGCUUUUCGACUUUAAGCCCUUUCGCUGAAAUUCAAUUUCUUGGAUUUGCAUUUUUCAAACUUCGAAAAUUCUCCACGUUUUGGCGUCGUUUUGGGGUUGAAUUUUGUGCGUUUGAAGCGCUAAAGACCCAAAAUGUUUGACCUUCAGCCCUUUCCCUGAGAUUCCGUUUCUUGGAUUUGCAUUCUUCAAAUUUCGAAAAUUUUCCACAUUUUGGCGCCGUUUUGGGAUUGAAUUCCCUGCGUUUGAAGUGCUAAAGUCCCAAAGUUUUUGACUUUAAGCCCUUACCCUGAGACUCAAUCUCUUGGCUUCGCGUUUUUUCCAAUUUCGAUAAUUUUCCACGUUUUUCGUCGUUUUGGGAGUGAAUCCCGUGAGUUUGAAAGGCUAAGACCCCAAAAUUUUGGAUUUUAGGCCCUUUCUCUGAAAUUUGAUGCCUUGGCUUCGCGUUUUUCAAAUUUCGAAAAUUUUCCGCAUUUUGUCGCCGUUUUGAGAUUGAGGCUCGUGAGUUUGAAGCGUUAAGAUCCCAAAACUUUUGAUUUUAAGCCUUUUCCCUGAGAUUCAAUCUCUUGGCUUCCUUCGCGUUUUUCAAAUUUCGAAAGUUUUCCACCUUUUUCGCCAUUUUGAGAGUAAGCCCUUUGAUUUUGAAGGGCUAAGAUCCCAAAGCUUUUGACUUUAAGCCCUUUCUCUGCAAUUUAAUUCCUUGGAUUCGCGUUUUUCAAAUUUCGAAAAUUUUCCCCGUUUUGUCGUCUUUUUGAGGUUGAGUCUCGUGAGUUUGAAGCGUUAAGAUCCUAAAAUUUUUGAUUUUAACCCCUUUCCCCCGAAAUUCAAUCCCAUUGCUUCGUGGUUUCAUGGUUUGCGGUUUCGUGCCUUCUUGCUUUCUUGCUUUCCUGCUUUCCUGCUUCCCUGCUUUCCUGCUUUCAUGGGUUCAUGGGUUUGGGGUUUGUUUGUUUUUGUGUCGGAGGUUUUGGGCUCGGGUGUUGGAGGUUUUGGGUUUGGGUGUUGGAGGUUGAGGCUUCGAAAGGGAAGUGCUUCCAAAGUUUUCUUGCUCUUAGUACUCGCUUGGAGCGUCCGAUAACAUCCCUCCCACUAGGAUCCCCCUCCUCCCCAAAAUAAGAAACUAAGCAAGGCAACGACGUAAGCGAUAUGCGUCUCCAAAUUUCGAAAAUUUUCCACGUUUUGCCAUCGUUUGGGGAUUGGGUCUCGUGCGUUUGAAGUCAAGGGCUAAGAUCCCAAAACUUUUCGACUUUCAGCCCUUUCGCUGAAGUUUAAUGCCUUGGCUUCGCGUUUUUCAAAUUUCGAAAAUUCUCCACGUUUUGUUGUCGUUUUGGGAUUGAAUUCUGUGCGUUUGAAGCGCUAAAGUCCCUAAAUUUUUGACAUUCAGCCCUUUCCCUGGGAUUCAGUCUUUUGGAUUCGCGUUUUUCAAAUUUCGAAAAUUUUCCACGUUUUGUCGUCGUUUUGGGAUUGAAUUCCGUGCGUUUGAAGUGCUAAGAUCCCAACGCUUUUGACUCUAAGCCCUUUCCCUGAGGUUCAAUCUCUUGGCUUCGCGUUUUUCCAAUUUCGAUAAUUUUCCACGUCUUUCGUCGUUUCGGGAGUGAAUCCCGUGAGUUUGAAGCGCUAAGGCCCCAAAGCUUUUGACUUUAAGCCCUUUCCCCCGAAAUUCAUUCCAAUGCCUUGGCUUCGCGUUUUUGAAAUUUCGAAAAUUUUCCGCAUUUUGUCGCCGUUUUGAGAUUCAGUCUCUUGAGUUUGAAGCGUUAAGAUCCCAAAAUUUUUGAUUUUAAGCCCUUUUCCUGAGAUUCAAUCUCUUGGCGUCGCGUUUUUCAAAUUUCGAAAGUUUUCCACCUUUUUCGUCAUUUUGAGAGAGAGCCCUCUGAUUUUGAAGGGCUAAGAUUCUAAAAUUUUUGAUUUUAAGCCCUUUCGCUGAAAUUUAAUUCCUUGGAUUCGCGUUUUUCAAAUUUCGAAAAUUUUCCGCGUUUUGUCGUCGUUUUGAGGUUGAUUCUCGUGAGUUUGAAGCGUUAAGAUCCUAAAGCUUUUGACUUUAAGCCCUUUCCCCCGAAAUUCAAUUCCAUGGCGUCGUGGUUUCAUGGUUUUCGUGGUUUCAUUCGUGGUCUCAUGGUUUCGUGGUUUCUUGGUUUCCUGGUUUAUUCUUGGUUUCGUGGUUUCGUGGUUUCAUUUUCUUGGUUUCCUGGUUUUCAUGGUUUUCAUGGUUUUCAAUUUCAUGGUUUUCGUGGUUUUCGUGGGUUCAUGGGUUCAUGGGUUUGGGGUUUGUUUGUUUUUGUGUCGGAGGUUUUGGGUUUGGGUGUUGGAGGUUUUGGGUUUGGGUGUUGGAGGUUGAGGUUUCCGAAGGGAUGUGUUUGCAAAGUUUUAUUGCUCUUAAUAUUAAUGAUUGGUCUUAUUUAUUAUGUGGCUCUUUCCGUUAAUUAACUUCUUCCUUCACACGAUGGCUUGAUGCUGUUGCUGUUCCACGCUUGGAUUAGGAAUGAGGGAGGACUUAUUCUUGAGUGUCUACUGUUUAGAAGAGAACAUUUUUCGUCUCGUCCCCUAGAAAAAUCUGAUGUCUCCAGGUCCUCGUCUUUCCUGCUAGCGCUGACGCGAACACAUGCGCACCUUGACAGCGAGUUCAGCACCGUAGUGCCACAUCGUUCAAAAAACAUCUUUUGCCGUUUUUAUUUUUGUUCGGUGCGUGGGGGCGGGACACAUCAUACCUCGAGGACGGACUGUGUCUUGUUUUUUUUUAUUACAGAAAUUAAGAACAAGCUCGCUUUUGCUAAGGUUACCAAUACCAUAAAAAUUGAGUACAGGACGUCAGAGUGA